AUGACGACGACUUCAGGUGAUGGUACCAAGCAAGAGGCGAAAGAUUCCGCCGUGGCUGAGGACGAUGAUGAUGAUGCCAAAUGGGAAGAAGUGGAGGUUUUAAAGCAUGCUCCUUCCCCGUGCCAGCAAACUGAGAAGUCUCCGUGCCAGAAGACCGAGAAGACUGAGAAGCCAUCUGAAGGUACUCACAGCGGCGGAUCUGUUACCAGUAGCAAUGAUUUUGAUUGUGAAACUCCCGCGCCUGUCCUCUUGGCCGAACAGUUCAGUGACGUUCCCUCUAUGCCGGAAGAACCAUUGCCAAUACCCCCGCUGAGGAUUGCCGGCACGGGCAGUGUCUCGAGCACUCCGGGAGCUUUUCGAUCUAGCCCUGGUCUCCUGCCACAACGGACGGAAGAAGUUUCCAGGAGCAUUCUGCAGGAACAACAGCAGUAUGGACACGACGAAGAAGAAGGAAAUCAAGUAUACGUUUCCAAUACCGAAGGUCUGGUCGAAGCAAGAGCCGUGGACGAAGAGGCCGUGGCUGGUAUAGCUUUCCCGGAAGCUACCCAAGCUAACUCAUCAAGAACCCAAUCGGAGAAACCCGCUGCCACUCUGUUGCUGAUUCUUGCUGUCUUGCUAGUGGUGGGAAUCGUUCUCCUGAUUCUUGGCUUGACUGGUUCCUUUGGAACGAGCAGCAGCAGCAGCGUUCCCGCAAAGAAUACCACAUCCCCAACGUUGCAAACGGACUUGCUGUGGAACCAACUUUUCGGAAAUCUUACCAACACGUCAUCAACCCUUCAAGGGCUACAUGAUCCAACUUCUCCUCAGUCUCGUGCUUUGUAUUGGAUUCGCAAAGACGCCUUCAACCAAAGCUACCCACAGUUUCGCCUUCGCCAACGAUAUGCCUUGGCUACCUUUUACUAUGCCAUGAAUGGAACCUUUUGGCUUCAAUCCGACAACUGGUUGACUGUAGAACAUGAAUGUGCAUGGUACACUGCCGAGAGUCGAUCCAUUACGAGUCACUCCACCACUUAUCCAUCCCCCUGUCAUGGGCAUGAUCCCAUCAUUGAGGAUAGUGCCACUUUUGUUGCCAACAGCACUACAAUUAGCUAUGACAAUCCCUACUAUGCUCGUCUAUGGAUGCGACACAACAACAUGUAUGGGACACUCCCGGAAGAAAUCUAUUGGCUCACGUCUCUCACCAGCCUUGACUUUAGUUUCAAUCCGGCCAUCGCGGGCACCAUCUCAACCCACAUUGGGCAACUACGAGACUUGGAAUACCUCAAAGCUCCAUCCUAUUGGUACAAAGGAGGAACCGUCGGAUUUCACGGCUUUGUCGAGUCGGUCGAUUGGUUGCACGGGACCAUUCCCACUGAGAUGGCCUUGUUGACCAAGCUUCGCGUUUUGGAUGUGGGACGAGCAGGACAUAAACUGAACGGAAGCUUGCCACGGGAACUCUUUACACAGCUCACCGAGUUGGAAAAUUUGCUCUUGUCCGGCAAUCAGUUCUCGGGAUCCCUUGCCACCGAAAUUGGACUUCUUACCAAGAUGCAAGCCAUGUCCACUGCCGACAAUGCCUUUAGUGGCACGUUGCCAAGUGAGUUGGGUCGGCUGUCGCUUAUGAAGUACACUUACCUUUUAGGCAAUCAGUUUUCGGGAAGUAUCCCCACAGAGUUGGGGCGAUGGUCGGAUGUCAUUUGGUUGUCACUCAAUGACAAUCUACUCAGCGGACCAUUGCCGAGUGAAGUGGGACUGUUUUCGAUCAUCAAAGAGUUUCCAUUGCAGAACAACGCUUUGGAGUCCGAGUUGCCCACCGAAGUCGGACAAUUGCAACUUCUGCGACAGUUGGAUGUUAGCCAAAACCAAUUCACAGGGACCUUGCGGACCGAGUUUGCUCGGUUGACACGUCUUGAGACCCUUCAAAUGCACGGGAAUCGAUUCUCGGGUCCUUUGGUGACGACACCGGACGACUUGUCGAUGGGAAACUUGACCAAGCUCGUGAUGUUGGAUCUGUCCAGCAAUGCUUUCACGGGCAGCAUCCCCGAUUGUUGGGAAGCUCUAGCACUUCUAGAAGAGUUUGACAUCCACAACAAUCAAAUCAGCGGCAACGUUCCAAUUACAUUAUCAGCUUGGGGCAGCACCAUUCGAAAGGUCGAUUUGUCAAGCAAUGCUUUGUCCGGAUGGCUACCAAUGGACCUGCUCGAAGCGUGGCGAAAUGUUACCUAUUUGGAUAUUGCUGGAAAUGAAUUUCUUUCGGGGACGUUUCCCGGCGCUUAUUGCGAAAGAACUCGAUUGCUACCAGACGAUGAAUAUACAUUGGUUCUUGGCUUUGAUUGCAGUGACAGGUUUUGCGGAUGCAACUGCACCAGCUGCUCACCUUGGACAAACGGAACCCGGCGGUGA